AUGAAAUCACUAAAUCCCCAACUCCGUAAAAAGGGCCUCCAAAUGGUCCUGGAGCCGACUGUCGACCCGGCACUUGGACCUGUGUACACCUUCGAAUCGAUAAAGCCUGGCAUGACGAACAGCGAUGUGGCGUACCGCCUGUACUACGCCGGUGAGGUGUCCAAGUGGAGUGCGUCGAGGAGGAAAGCCAUCGACAAGGCUGCGAAGAAGAUUAAGGCCCGGCAGGAGAAGGAAGAAAGGGAAAGGGAAAGGACGCGCGCCACGAGUGCGAGCGCCAGUUCGACUUCCGGCAGCAGUUCCUGCUCGAGCUCGAGUGGCAGCGGUGAGGAGUGA